AUGUAUCAUCUCAUAGGAAUUUCAUUUACAAUUGGAUUUAUUAUCAUAAUAUUAACAAUUAUUUUGAACAUCAAGAAUGGUGAAAAUGUAAUCAAUUCAUAAGUGAAGUUAUUAUAAGCCAAAGACAAUCGGAUUAAGUAAAUAAAUGAAAUAUUUACCUAAAUAAAAUUCAUAAAAAUAAAUGCUUUAGAAGAAUACUUUUUAUCAAAAGUCUUUAAUUUACGAUAGAUUGAAAUUGGAUGUUUGAAAGAUAGAUUAUUUUAUUCUGCAAUCAUAAUAUUUUCAGGUUGGUUGGCACCUUAAAUUAUUCUCAGUUCUACAUUUGGUGUAUACAUAUACUUAGGAAAUAUCAUGAACCCCUCAAUAAUAUUUUCAAUUAUCAGUUUAUUUCAGAUCCUAUAAAUUACAAUCUAACAAUUACCAAUUUCAAUCACUGCAUUACUAGAAACAAAGUUAUGUCUAAAUAGAAUCUAAUAAUUCCUGACUUCUUAAGAGAUUAUGACAUAGUGUAUAAAUUAUAAGGAGUUCAGGGAUAGUGCAAUUGCUAUAUCUGUAAACAAUGGGAAUUUCUAUUGGAAUAGAAGUUAAGUUGAAAAAUCAGAGUUAAUUUUGAAGGAUAUUGAUAUGUUGAUUACUCCAGGAUAACUAGUUUCAAUUAUUGGAGAUGUUGGUUCAGGCAAAACAUCAUUUGUAUAAUGUUUAUUAGGAGAAAUGCUUUACAAGGAAGGUCCUAAAGUGCAGCUCUAUGGUUAAAUUGCUUAUGUGAGUUAAAAAGCAUGGAUCUAAAAUGCUACUGUUAGGGAUAAUAUUUUAUUUGGUAAACCUUAUCAUCAACAAAGUUAUGAGAGAGCCAUUCAUUUUUCCUGUCUCAAACAAGAUAUGGAAAUAUUAGUGAAUGGUGACUAAACUAUAAUAGGGGAGAAAGGAAUUAAUGUAAGUGGGGGACAAAAAGCAAGAAUAAGUUUAGCAAGAGCUAUUUACAGUGAGGCUAGUAUAUACUUACUGGAUGAUCCAUUAAGUGCAGUUGAUUCUCAUGUUGGUAAUUUUUUGAUGAAGGAAUGCAUUGUAAAUUAUUUGUAGAAUACAACUAGAAUAUUAAUAACACACUCCUUAAACUAUUGUAAGUAUGCUGAUUACAUUUAUUUAUUUGAUAAUGGCUAAAUAGUUGAAAAAGGCGUAUAUUCGGAUAUACAGUAGAGUAGAAGAUUUCAAAAUAUAGCUGAAAAGUGUAAUAUGGUUGAAGAGGUUAAUGAAAACAAUGUAUAGAUCUAAAAGACAUAAGAAGACACACAAUUCACCACAAAAGAAAAUAAGAUCAAUCCAAAUGAUAAUAUUAUUAUGGCAGAAGAAAGACAUAAGGGUGAAAUUAGACUCAGUGUCUUUAAUUAAUAUUUUGAAUACGGAGGAGGUUACUGCAAUUUUAUUUUAGUUUUGAUAAUAAUGAUGUUUUGGAUUUUGACUUACUUGGGUUCCAGUCUGUGGUUGUCAGAAUGGACUCUUUAGACUUAUGAUUUAAGUAACUACUUUUAUUUACUGAUCUACUUUAUAUUUGGAUGUCUACAAGCAAUAUUAGCAUUCAUAAGAGCAUUGACAAUUAUUAGAUAAAGUAUUAAGUCAUCAUCAAAGAUACAUGAUGAAAUGAUGAAUUGUUUGAUGUAUGCACCUUAAUGUUCAUUUUUUGAAAGAGUGCCAUUGGGAAGAAUUAUGAAUAGAUUAACCAAGGAUAUCAAUUAACUCGAUACAGAAAUAUAUAUGAAUAUCAGUUGGUUAUAUACUAAAGUGAGUUAAUUGGCCAGUCAUAUAUUCCUUAAUGUUUACGCAAGCACAUAUCUUAUGUUGUUUCCUAUCUCAAUUUUUUUUGGAAUUUGUAUGAAAAUAUAAAGAGUCUACACAAAAGCUAGUAGAGAAUUGUAAAGAUUGGAAUUAAUGAGUAAGAGUCCUAUUUUAAGUUAUUUUUCUGAAACUCUCACUGGGCUGACAACAAUCAGAUCUUAUUAAUAAGUUGAUAGCUUUAUUAAGACUUUUGCAUAGAAAUUAGAUGAGAAUAGAAAGAUUGUGGAAGCUCAAGUGAUUGCAAAUGCUUGGUUUACUUAGAUAUUGGGUUUGACCAGUUUGAUUGUUAAUAUGUCAGCAAUAGUUUACUGUAUUUUAUACACAAAUAAUCCAGCAUUGGCAGGUUUAGUUAUGACAUAUGCAGCAAAUAUUGACAUGAAUAUUUAGUAGACCAUUGAAUCUAUAAGUUCAUUAGAAAAUGAUAUGAUAUCCUUUGAGAGAUGUCAGUCAUUCACGACAAUUGAAAAAGAAAAUAGAAAUGAGAAGAAAAUAACAUUACAGAAUUGGCCAUGCUCCGGAGCAGUCGAAUUCAAAAGCUUAAGUGUUCAAUAUAGAUAAAAUUUACCAUUUGCUUUGAAUAAGAUAUCUUUCAAAAUCAAUCCGAUGGAUAAGAUUGGUAUUGUAGGUCGUACUGGGGCAGGCAAAUCUACUAUCACAAUGAGCAUUCUCAGAUUAUUAGAUAGGGCAGAGGGAUAAAUCUUAAUUGACGAUAUUGACACAUAAAACAUAUCUUUAAAACAAUUAAGAGAGUCAAUUACAAGCAUUAUCUAAGAUGCAGUUAUUUUUAAUGGAACAAUUCGUGAUAACUUAGAUCCAUUAAAUAAGUGCUCUGAUGAUGAAAUAAGAUAAGUGCUAUUGGAUUGUUGUCUGGAUAAAUUGGCUGAUAAUAGGAAUGGAUUGAAUUCAAAUUUAUAUGAAGGUGGUGAUAAUUUAAGUGCUGGUGAAAAGCAACUCUUAUGCAUAGCUAGAGCAAUACUCAAAAAAAGCAAGAUUAUUCUUAUUGAUGAAGCCACAGCCAAUAUUGAUGUAGAUACCGAACAUAAAAUACAAGAAACAAUCUCAAAAGCAUUUAAGAAUUGCACUGUCAUUACCAUUGCUCACAGAAUUAAUACUAUACUUAAUUGUGACAAGUAACUCAUUUUUAUAUAUCCUAGAAUCAUUGUCAUAAAUAAAGGGCAAGUAUAAGAAUAUGGUUAAACAAAAGAUUUGUUGAAAAACGAAUAAUCAACUUUCUACUCAAUUUAUUCAGAAUCUUAAUUAAAUAAUACAAAAAAAUGA